ACAUAUUUCUUUCCAACUCUCUCUUUCUCUCUGUCUCUCUAGUUUCAUUAUUUCAAUGGCGACUUCCACAUUGAAUACUGAAACACUAGAGAGUCUAGGAACAGCACAAGAUGGCAAUUCAGAAACCCAAAUAGGAAAACCAAACAAAACCAAAAACUGGCUAAUGAUCAUUAUAAAUUGUGCCUUUGUUAUUAUUGGUGUAGUAGGAGGUCCUCUCUUAGUGAGACUAUACUAUCUUCAUGGUGUCAAUCGUAAAUGGCUUACUAGUUUUUUGCAAUCUGCUGGUUUUCCAAUUCUCAUAUUUCCUCUCAUGUUUCUCUUCAUUCAAUCAAAAUUAUCGCCCCGAAAAGAUGUUCGAAUUUCGUCUUCUUUUUGUAUUGAACCGAAGUUGUUUCUUUCAAGUGCUAUAAUUGGAGUUCUGUUUGGUGUUGAUAAUUUCAUUGGUAGUGAUGACACUUGGAUCAGUUUUGCUGGGUAUCAAUAUCGAUGGCGAUAGACCAACUGGAGUAUCAAAAUCUCACUAUUUGUUGGGGUUUCUUUUGACGUUGGUGGCUGCUGCUUUAGCUGGGUUAAUACUUCCUUUGAUUGAACUUGCUUUCAGUAAAGCAACUAGGAACCUUACCUAUUCAAGUUUGAUGCAGUUCCAGUUCAUUCUUUCCCUUUUUUCAACCAUUGUUUGCGUCAUUGGCAUGCUAGUAAACAAGGAUUUUCAGGUACAUUACCAUGAAUACACUUAUAAA